AAGACAGAAAACUCUUUGUGGGUAUGCUCAACAAACAGCAGUCAGAAGAUGAUGUGCGCAGGUUAUUUGAAGCAUUUGGGAAUAUUGAAGAGUGCACGAUCCUUCGAGGACCAGAUGGCAACAGCAAAGGGUGUGCUUUUGUGAAAUACUCCUCGCACGCAGAAGCCCAGGCGGCCAUAAACGGAGCAUCGUCCAGCCUGGUGGUCAAGUUUGCAGACACGGACAAGGAGCGCACCAUGCGCCGUAUGCAGCAAAUGGCGGGUCAGAUGGGCAUGUUCAACCCAAUGGCCAUACAGUUUGGAGCAUAUGGUGCUUAUGCGCAGGCA